AAAAUCCAGUCGUUAUUGGCUGUGAGGUUUUUCCGUAAUCGCUGAUAGGUGGGCUCGCAGACACCGCGCUAUUUUAGCCAGAAAUGUGUCUGGCAAAGUUAUUCUGAAGUAGAUACGAUCAACGACGUAAGUUUCGUCUAUCGACUGUAACAUGAAAACCCACUACAGCGUUAGCUUCAAGAUCCAAAAAAAAUGCCUUCUUUGGUGGUUGGUCAUUUUGUUCACAAUCCUCUUGGUCGUAGCGAUCGGAAUGUUUGUUUUUCUUUCACUCAACGCCAAAUAUAAUUUUGCGUGCGUGUUAGGAUGUGCGCCUGAGGCAAAAGCGACUCGCGCGCAAACAUUAGAAAACAUACCACCAUCUGUUGUCAUUACCGUCGCUGGUACUCAGUCAAGACUCAGAACCUCGGAACAUGAGAGAAAAAACAGCGAGAACCCAACGCAGAAGCAAGUCACAAACACAGGGAAAAUUACGAAAGUCAUUGAGAUUGACCGCGAUACGAUUAUCAGUUCCAGAACUCCGGUUAUCCAUUCGAACACACCGCCAAGCGUCAGCACGAAAUCUGUGGUCAGAAACACAAACACAGAAGGCGGAAAGUCACGUUCACACUCCAGAUCUAGAACAGCGGCCAAUGUUACGCCGCAAGUUAGCAUCUACCCCACAAAGAAACCUCUUGAUAUUGUUGAUUAUAUCAACAUCACCGGGAAAAUUUCGUUCAAAGGAAAAGCUCCAAAGCGACUUUCCCGACCAUCCCGCCUAAUUGUAAAGUUUGAAGAAGGUUCCCUGGCUGAUGCAACUCCAGUUGUGCUCGCUAAAUCAGUCAUAGAUUUGUCAAAGUAUCGCCAGAGGAAACCUCUUUUUUACACAAUAAUUUGCAAAAGGCCUCCGUUUUCAGCAUCUUUUUACACCAUCUCUGCGGUUUUUAACAGGGGAUGGAAACCAAGAAGGAAAAACAAGUGGAUCAGAAAAGGGGACUUCCUGACUGACACCAAUUUUAGGGUACACAUAAAAAAGAGCAAGACACUCUACCAAAGAAACAUUCAACUUGUUAAGUACAAGUAGUGAUAGAGAUCGGAGACAUAACGAUUUCAGAGCAUCACUAGAGCUCUUACGAACUAACUUUAACGAACCCGAGAGUUUAUGAAUAUGACUCUCCACUAACAAUUGUUUCUCGGAUCUUAAAAUUACGAGGAGGUAAAGAACGUAACCGGAGAAGUUUCGACAAGAGUCGAUCCGUAAAUGAUACCAUAUCAGCACUGUCACUCUACUUUCGUAUAACUUUUUAUCAAACUCGCGUUUCUGAUCGAUACUAAAACCAUGCAGUGGAUAUUUCGCUGUAAACAAAGGUAACACAAUAUGUUUAGACGUAAACAAAAUCAUUCACCUCAUAGGUGGAUACUAGAAGGAUAUUGAUACCAGAAGAGUUAUUUCUAUGAAAAAUUACCUGGUAGAUUUGCUUUAGAUGCCCCCUCAGUGCGGAAGGGACUUCGAGAGGUCGGUUAGGCUGUAAACGAUGUCAUUAAAGUUCGAACCUGAGAGUUAACCACAGGUAACAAA